CGGGCGCCCUCCGCUCGGCUGACAGCGCGCUGCCCGCCCCGGGGCCGCCCCGCCGCCCGGCAUGGAGGAGAGCUCCAGCUGCGAGAGCCUGGGCGCCGGGCGGGCGGCGGCGCGGCUGCCCAGCGGUGACUCCCUCUCCAGGCAUAACUCUGAAAACAUAAACUCUGUGUAAAUCAGUGCAGCAAGGUCUGUUGAAGCGAUAGCUCCAUGAGCGCUUCCACUUCUCAGUCGGACCAUUCUACUCACACCAAAUCUGCUUCUGCGCUAUCAUCCGACUCGAUCUCCACCUCAGCAGACAACUUCUCUCCAGAUUUAAGGGUCCUGAGGGAGACAAAUAAAUUGGCUGAAAUGGAAGAGCCACCUUUGCUACCAGGGGAGACCAUUAAAGAUAUGGCGAAGGAUGUUACUUACAUCUGCCCCUUCACUGGAGCAAUCAGAGGAACCCUUACUGUUACCAAUUAUAGACUGUAUUUUAAAAGCAUGGAACGGGACCCUCCUUUUGUCCUAGAUGCAUCUUUAGGUGUAAUCAACAGAGUGGAGAAAAUUGGAGGUGCUUCCAGUCGUGGUGAGAAUUCCUACGGGCUGGAGAUUGUAUGCAAGGAUAUUCGAAACUUGCGAUUUGCUCACAAGCCUGAAGGGAGAACAAGGCGGUCCAUAUUUGAGAACCUCAUGAAAUAUGCUUUCCCAGUUUCAAAUAAUCUGCCACUUUUUGCAUUUGAGUACAAGGAAGUUUUCCCAGAAAAUGGGUGGAAGGUGUAUGACCCCACGUGGGAGUACAGACGACAGGGAAUUCCCAAUGAAAGCUGGAGGUUGACCAAGAUUAAUGAGCGCUAUGAGCUGUGUGAUACAUACCCUGCCAUUCUAGCUGUGCCUGUAAACAUUCCUGAUGAAGAAUUAAAGAGAGUAGCAUCCUUCAGAUCAAGAGGACGCAUACCAGUAUUGUCAUGGAUUCACCCAGAAAGUCAAGCAACGAUCACUCGCUGUAGCCAGCCAAUGGUGGGAGUGAGUGGCAAGCGAAGCAAGGAAGAUGAAAAGUACCUUCAAGCCAUCAUGGAUUCUAAUGCUCAGUCCCAUAAAAUCUUCAUAUUUGAUGCAAGGCCCAGUGUGAAUGCUGUAGCCAAUAAGGCUAAAGGAGGUGGCUAUGAGAGCGAGGAUGCCUAUCAGAAUGCAGAGUUAGUGUUCCUGGACAUUCACAAUAUCCAUGUUAUGAGAGAGUCACUGAGAAAACUGAAGGAAAUUGUGUAUCCCAAUAUUGAGGAGACUCACUGGCUGUCUAAUUUAGAGUCAACUCACUGGCUAGAGCAUAUCAAGCUCAUUCUCGCUGGAGCCCUUCGCAUCGCUGACAAGGUGGAGUCAGGGAAGACAUCUGUGGUUGUGCACUGCAGUGAUGGCUGGGACCGGACCGCCCAGCUCACCUCCCUGUCUCUGCUCAUGUUAGAUGGCUACUACCGGACUAUCAGGGGCUUUGAAGUGCUGGUGGAGAAGGAGUGGCUGAGCUUCGGGCACAGAUUUCAGCUGAGAGUUGGCCACGGAGACAAGAAUCACGCGGAUGCAGAUCGCUCUCCUGUCUUCCUCCAGUUCAUCGACUGUGUCUGGCAGAUGACGAGACAGUUUCCUACAGCAUUUGAGUUCAAUGAGUACUUCCUGAUAACCAUCCUGGACCACCUGUACAGCUGCUUGUUUGGGACCUUCCUGUGCAGCAGUGAGCAGCAGAGAGUGAAGGAGAGCCUUCCAAAAAAGACCGUAUCGCUUUGGUCUUACAUCAACAGCCAACUGGAAGACUUUACUAACCCCUUGUACGUGAGCUACUCCAACCAUGUCCUGUAUCCCGUGGCCAGCAUGCGCCACCUCGAGCUGUGGGUCGGCUACUACAUCCGCUGGAACCCCAGGAUGAAACCCCAGGAACCUGUCCACAAUCGCUACAAGGAGCUUCUUGCCAAGAGGGCCGAGCUGCAGAAGAAAGUGGAGGAGCUGCAGAGAGAGAUCACCAACCGUUCCACCUCAUCCUCGGAGAGAGCCGGCUCUCCCGCGCAGUGCGUCGCUCCAGUACAGACAGUUGUAUGAUAGGGACUAUUUGUGCCAAGUACCUUCCCAGGACCACGGGGGCAGCAUUUCUGAGCCCCUCUGGUUCCCAGCGCGGUGUCUGGGAGAUGCCAACCUAUUUAUUUAUUUCUCCCCAGGGUAAUUUAUUAGUACUGUAGCACUAGAGGAAGCUUAAGCAAAAAGAAACAAACAAGGCCCCCUAUGCAAUUAACCUUCUCAGUGGCUAGAUGAUAAUACAAGGUCAUUGCACUUGCCACCUAAAAGAAACCUAGAGCUCGGUCUUUGUUCACUUACGUGGAAAUCACUUGGCUUUGAAGAGAGACUGUGCGCUAGGAUAGAGUACAGUGGAGGAAAAACAUCCACUCACAAGUAUGGAAACUCCCCUUUGCUAAAAGGAAGUAUCAGCUCCGACUCUAUUGAAGCCUAGAAAACAGCCAUGGAGUCAGGAACCCUCCAGUGUUAGUGCCUGCACAGCAGUGUUCAUGAGAGCAUUUGCCAACAGGGACAAGCAGUGACAGCCGCUGGAACAUAUCACCUUCUUGCUUUUCCCUUCACUUUGACCUGGACCAUAGCAAGCCAUGUAAAUGAUGCCUUAUCUGAAGAAAUGGCAGCUUCAACCAAUAGGGGAUGGUGGUAGAGGAGCAAUCGACAGGACA